GCCGGCCGCCGCCCCGCCCGCCGGCCGAGCCGCGCCGCCGCCGCGGGCUCGGAUGGAGCGGCGCGCCCCCGGCCGCGCCGCCGGGCGCUCGGAGGCUCCUGUUGCUGAGCGCUGCGGCUACAAAUAGCACGGCCCGCUUCAUACAGGAGGUCCCCAAGGCGCGCUGGUCGCCAUGAACCUGAACGGGGUGCUCGCCAGCGCCCACUCGGCGAGCGUGGGGGUCUUCGCCCGGAGGGUGACGAUCAUCGUGGAAAACCACGCCGCGGUCGGCUUCGAUUUCGGCGGCGAGUGGUUCGACUCGGGGGGCUGGAAGGAGCAGCGCGCGGGCCGCAUCGACGAGCACGCCGAGCUGGACUUCGAGAACAAGGCCUUUCUGAAGGGUGUCUCAGGGUACGUGUACUACCACAGCACUGACCACUCGCAGACUCUUGUCGUGGUCUUCAGCAGCCCCGUGGCCACCGCCUGCUGCUUUACCGCCCGCGCGGGGAAGAUCCUGCCCGACACCCGCGCGCUCUGGACCCAGGUCCCCGACAUCGCGCGGCCGGGCGCUGCGCUGCGGCGGGCGGACGGCUGCGCCUGGGAGACGCUCGAGCUGCAGGACGAGCACGUGGUGAUGCGGUGCAUCAUCCUGCCCGCGGACGGCGCCACAAAGGUGCCAGAGCAGCUGGCCUGCAGGCUGCGAAAGGCGCGCUGGUGCCGAACCACGCUGGCAGACGGCACCCCGAGCGCCGAAGCGCGGGCCUCCUUGACUGAGCGCCAGGUGAUCUUGGAGAUCGACAACCGCUUCAAGGA